AUGCCUACUUUCGGAAGGCUAGAAGAAUUUGAAGAUGGCACAGAUUGGUCGGAAUACCGCGAACGAGUCGAACAGUUCUUCUCGGCAAACGACGUUACCGCAGACAAGCAAAAAGCUGUGUUUCUAAGCUGUUGCGGCGCAAAAACUUACUCUAUUUUGCGAAGCCUUCUGGCUCCCCAGACACCAGCGGAUAGAGAUUUGACCAGUAUCUUUAGCGCGCUAGACGCCUAUUUCGCCCUCAAGUGCUCCGAAGUCCUCGCUCGCUACAAAUUCAACUCCCGUGUACGCCGCGAAGGAGAAUAUGUGAGUGACUUCGUAGCGGCGUUAAGACGGCUGACGGAGGGUUGCGACUACGGAACCUUCCAAGAGACGAUGCUUCGAGACCGUAUCGUGUGUGGCGUUAACGAUACCGGAAUGCAGACCCGCCUUCUAGAGACCCCAGAUCUGACCUAUGAUCUCGCAGUCAAGACGCUGUUGGCCAUGGAGACAGCGCAGAAAGAUUCACGGGAAAUCAGCAAGACGGAAAACCUUUCUGCAGGGGCGUGCGCCAUCAACUCAGCGCAGCAACGCCCUUGCUACCGCUGCAACGGGAAGCAUGCACCAGAUGACUGCCCUUUCUCGGAUGCCGCCUGCUUCCGCUGCAAGAAGAGGGGGCAUAUCGUUCGGAUGUGCCAAGAGGAAGAUGCCGGACGUCACAGUGAUUGGCAACGGGUGCGUCGGAAGAACAGAGGUCCUAGGAAAGGGAAAGGCACCCGUUAUCACCAGGGCGAUGUCCACAAUGUCGAUGAUAGCGACGAGUCGUCGGACACGGUUGUUUAUGCCAUGUGGUCGGCGUCAGCUCGGGGCACCGUCGAUCCGUUCAUUGUAAAUGUCGAAAUUGAGGGCAAGCCGAUUGAGAUGGAACUCGACACAGGGGCGAGUGUCAGCGUCAUGGGGGAAGAGACCUUGAAGACGCACUAUCCAGGUAUUGAGGUCGAGGCUUCGUCAGUCCUGCUGCGCAGUUUCUCCGGGGAGCUAGCGCCGGUCGUCGGGAAAGCGACAGUUUGGGCGAAGUACCGAGAGAAGAGAAGCGCUCUCGUUAAAGGGAAGGGUCCCAGCUUACUUGGGCGAACCUGGAUGAAAGAGUUGCUGGUGCCAUUACCACAGUGGGAGGAGGCCCGAACAGUUUCGGUCCAAGACGUCGUUGCCCGACAUUGCGCGUUGUUUCAGGCCGAAUUGGGCGAAUUCCAGGGCGUAGAAGCAAAGAUCCACUUGAAACCAGAUGCCCAACCCAAGUUCUUUAAGCCGAGGCCCGUGCCGUUGGCACUUCAGGAAGGAGUAGCGCACGAACUUGAAAGGCUUCGAAGAGAAGGUAUCAUAUCUCCAGUGCGCACGGCUGAAUGGGCAGCCCCAGUGGUUCCCGUUCUCAAACAAGAUGGCCGGAUCAGGCUUUGCGGGGAUUUCAAAGUUACAAUAAAUCCCGUUACACAGGCGGAAAAGUACCCUGUCCUAGAAUAG